UUUUCACAUCACCUCCCGUCGACACGACACAUUCGAACACUUUUUCCCGAAUUACCUCGUAACUUUGAAGCUUUACUGACACAUGCGGCAUGACAUCACCGCUACGUCGGCCGUGUUUUGGUCCCGUCAAGCCAUCUCACAAGCUCCCAAUGACCAUGGAGUAGGCCGAGAUGACGGGAAAGGUUCACCAAUGAACUGGGGACCCAAGAUAUUUUCUGUUGGAAAAGGCCGUCUUUCUGGGUUUCUGGAGGGUGUGUCACGACGGGGCUGAGUGUCUGCAGGUUUCUGGGGGAGCUAAGCUCCGGCUAUACGCGUACAGUAUGGUAUAGGCUGUUGGAUUGAGGUCUGGCCCAUCCCGUCACUCGCCCCCCCCCCCCCUAGUCGCCGUUACCUUGGGCGGUUUGUGGUUAUGUCGACUUCCUCGCUUCCUCCCUCCUUUUCUGCCCCCUUGAGCAGCUGCAUCACUAGUCGGUGCGUCCUGUACACAAGUAAGGUGACCCUCCUGUGUCGUCAGUUGCAGGUACCGUGCCCUUUGCAAGGGUGCAAGUUGGUUCCGGGACCAAGAACUUAAAUCUGACGACGAGUGCUAUCGGGCCCUUUGACUUCUCGGCCGCCCCUUCGCUGUCUUUUCUCUUUCUUUUUUCUUCUUCCUCAUCCUCUCCUUCUCUAGGUACUAGUAACCUUGCCCACAUUGACUUUGGUCUUGUUUACUCUGAGAAACCCCCACAUCUUACUCUACUUUUACAUCGUUUGUAUCUUACACCACUCUUGUUUUCCCAGAGCAUUACGAAUACCAAGUACACAUAAUUAAUCUUUAGUCACCCCCGCCACGCUUUGAUAACCGCGCCCGCCAACAGCCCCCUUCGAUCAACGGCUUUAUCAAAGAAGCUGCGAUGGUUCAAAACAACCAUGUCGCAGCCGGGAGCCUGAAUGGCACCAACGAUAAUCCAUCUCCUCACAAGGAUCGAACGACGGAGAACUUGAAACCCGUCACAUCAGAACAGCCACUCGUAAGCCGCCAGGUCUCACGACAAACCGACACCACGAAGCCUCCUCGAUUAUCGGUAGAUGAUGUUACCUUAGCAGUACCAGCAGAACGCGACAUCGCAGAAACAGACCACACACGGCCUUUUGAUAAUGGCUAUCACUUUCCGCCCAAGUACUCCUGGCAGGAGUCCACAAAGCAAGGGCUCUCCUCGUUCUGGAAGUUCUUUACAACGCCAAUGGGCUGCUUCUGGACGUUCUAUGGGCUCAACGUGGUAGCUUGGGGUGGCAUGUUGUUCCUUUUGCUCUGUAACGCCGCGCCGGCCAUGUGCCAUCCGACGUGCGACGAUAUCAACUCGCCGAGGCGAAAAUGGGUUGAGUGGGACUCGCAAGUUCUCACGGGUCUGUUCUGUGUCACUGCGUUCGGACUGGCGCCAUGGCGCUUCCGGGAUCUCUGGCUUCUGAUGAAGUACCGCAUCAAGGGACAGCAGGAAGGCCUUCUAAGGCUUGCUGGGAUUCAUAGCAGCUGGUUUCGUCUCCCGGGCACGGAGGAGCUGUCCCCGGAUAUCGGACCAGACAAUCUCCCGGCUGAUGUCCCCAAGCAGUGCGUUCCCAUCCCGCAGGAAAAGAUGCCCAACGCACCACUGACGGGCAUUCGAGCGCCGGCCACCAAGGUUUGGAAGAUGGACUUUAUGAUAUGGUGCAUGAUUCUCAAUACCUUGGCUCAGGUCGGCCUGUGUGGUAUCAUGUGGGGUAUGAACCGGUAUAACCGCCCGAGCUGGUCAACGGGAUUUCUGGUAGCUGUCGGCUGUAUUAUCGCUAUGGUCGGUGGCCUGGUCAUGUUCUUUGAGGGAAGAAAGGUGAAGAGGAUCGAAGGUGUUCCUUGCAGUGCGCGAGAUCUGCAGAAGCUGGCACAAGACAAGGAGAUGGGCAUUUUGCACUACAACAACAUUGGCGACAAGAAGCCCAAACAGAAGAAGAAACAAAGCGAUCCGGAGAAAUAGAGGUUUCAUGGAAGAGGCAUUCGGCGUUUGGGAUUUGGGAUCAGGCAUUAAUCGAUGGAUCGAGUUCUACAACAACCCGGGAGGCUUUAAUGAUGGGAGUUUGGGAAAGGAUAUGGAACAUUGUUAUCGCUGUAUGGGCUGUGAAAAUAAGUGCGAUAACUUCUUGAUGGAACACGAUAGGUAGAACACCAUAGGUUAUCGCGGCUAUUAGUAUGUAUCAAGAGUAUAUGGAACCUACGAGCAGAGAUCGCCGUCUCACUACUCGGAAUACUGCAUAACCAAGGCCUGAAAGCGAGGCGGUGAAUCUCUGGUCCGUCUGUCUCUCUUUCUUUAGGCUGUCUGUCCUCCAGACACAUGACAAGCUCUACGUUGAUAUUCCCACGUAAUCAUUUCAGGUUUUUUAUUGGCUCGAUGUACCACAGUCACUUGAUCGUAUGAA